GAAAAGCUUCCAAUUGCCUUCUACAACAAUCGUGCUGUUGGGGUAAAUAGGGCUACUUGGUCAAGCUUUAUAGGAUUAGUUGUUCGCAAUCCUCAAAUCUGCUCUUUCCGAUCACGAAGAUGGAAAUCCAAGAGUCGCUCAGAACUUGAGCAUAUGUGGGCUGCACUUACAGAAUAUUUCUACAAUCCAAAUAUGAUAGACUAUAAGCAUCACACUUUGAUUCAUAUGCGGGAGCGUUGGAACAAAUGGAGAUCUGUCUUGUAUCAUCAAUAUGCAAAGACAUGUGGCAGUCAAGAAGAGGCUUUGAAAAAUAAGCCAGAUGCUGUAGCUAACAAAGAA